CGACGCCGGCAAGUCAAAAAGCCCUCAACUUGUAAAAGCUUUUUCUCAUUUAAAAGGCAAGACAAGUCCAGAUCAAUGUUUAGUUGAAGUUGACUCUUCGUAGCUGAAUUAUUAAGUUCCAAAUCCUUUUCGAGAUUUAUUAACCAAAAAAACCAGAAAACAUGGAUUUCUACUACUUGCCCGGAUCUGCUCCAUGCCGUUCAGUCCUUAUGACUGCCAAGGCUGUUGGUGUUGACCUAAAUCUCAAGGAAUUGAAUUUAAUGGCCGGUGAACAUUUGAAGCCAGAAUUCGUUAAGAUCAACCCACAACACACAAUUCCCACAUUGGUAGACAAUGGUUUUGCUCUAUGGGAGUCUCGCGCUAUCUGCGUUUACCUUGUAGAAAAAUACGGCAAGACUGAUUCCCUUUACCCCAAGGACCCCAAGAAGCGUGCAGUCAUUAACCAACGUUUGUACUUCGAUAUGGGAACAUUGUACCAACGAUUUGCUGACUAUUACUACCCACAAAUCUUUGCCAAGGCACCAGCAGAUCCAGAGAAAUUCAAGAAGAUGGAAGAAGCUUUUGGAUUCUUGGACAUUUUCCUCAAUGGUCAACAAUAUGCUGCUGGUGAAAGUCUAACUGUUGCCGAUAUUGCAUUGGUUGCUACCGUUUCCACCUACGAAGUUGCCAAAUUUGAUAUUAACAAGUAUCCAAAUGUUGCCAAGUGGUACAAAAAUGCAUUGGCUGUGACACCCGGAAUUGAUUUGAAUAAAUCUGGAGUUGAAGCUUUUAAGGCAUAUUUUGAUUAGAUUUUAUAAGAAGUAAUUUAUUGUAAUUUUUAAUGUGUUGUCAGCUUGAUGUUGAUUUUCAUUUUUUUUAAAUUAAAAAAAAAAAAAAAAAUAGUAAUAAUAAUAAGGUGCUCUAAAAGCUUUACCUAAUUGUAUUAAUUUUUUUAAAUGCAUUUAACACGUUGUUUGUAAAACAAAUCAAAAAAUAAAAUUUGAAAAAAAAACACUACCACAAAAAUACCAUGAUCAAA